AUGCAACACGUAUUCUCGCUCGGGACCGUCUUCCGCGCAUCCCCCUUUGUUAAUUACAACCAUAAUCCCUCCAUGGACCCCCCCAAGGACCCCUCUCCCCCACCGCCCCCGCCUCCACAGCAAAAGCUGCUUAUCAAGCUCCGUGUCUCCGACCUCUCCAAGCCAAACAAGACCCCCGAGCCAGACAGCACCACCGACGACGCUGACCCCGUUGGUGGCAGUGCCACUCCAGCCAGCACCCAAAAACGACGCGGUGGAGGCUCUUCCGGCCGUGGAAAGCGCCGCAAGGUCGAAUCCGACGUCACCAGCGAUGCCGACAUCAGCAUCGACAGUUCCCUAUCCACUCCUUCCAAACGCGGUCGAGGCGGAAAAGGCUCCCGAGGCGGUCGAGGAGGCGGUCGGGGCGGUCGCAAAAGUGCUCUCCAACACGAAGUCCUUGUUCAAACUGCACCAGGCACACCUGAAUCACUCGGAGACCUCUCAUUACCCCAACUUCCGGGUUCACCUUCGAGCACAUCUACAUCUCUAGCACCCACCCCGACUCCCACUGCCGAUAUAGACCCUGCACUACUAGCCACAGCACCCAAACGACCGCUCCCAACACGCACAUUCCCCGUCCAGCCCGCCCCCAAGACCACCAACCCCGUUCCGGCCAUAACCGCACCGCCCGACCUCUCCCGACGAAAGCCCCGCAAGUGGUCCGUCCAAUGGAGAGAAGUCAGAGGUGUCGGCGGCGGCAGUUGGUGGGUCAAGACCUGGGUCGGCGGCUCCCAGUCCGAGUAUGCGUCGGACCCAUCUCGUAUCAUGGCCGUUCCAAACUCCCUCUCCCGCCCGACCAAGAUUAGGAAAACCGACUCGGCGCCGAGGUUGAGUGGACUGGGGACCUCGCCCUUGACGAGCGGCCCCGUGACCCCUGCUACCCCUGGCGGGCUGGGCGGUGUCACCCCGGGUGGACUGGGGGGCAUACUGGGCGCUGUUACACCUGGCGUACCGGGCAGUGCGACUCCUGGUGGACUGGGCACUUUGACUCCUGUGCCUGCCCCUGCCCCUGCAUCUACCUCUGCCUCUGUGUCUGUGCCCGUGCCCAUGCCCGUGCCUGUGCCUGCUCCAGCAUCCACACUUGGACUGUCUAUUCCUCUAGGUCUCACCGUCGCACCCUCGGGAGCCGUCACUCCAUCCACCGCACCCACACCUGCACCUGCACCUGCACUCGCACCAGCCGAAGUAGACGACCCCACUCCAGCACCCAAACCCAAAAAAGAACCAGCGAUGGGUCAGUUCAAGGAUUCCGGACGGUACAGGGAAAACGACAUCCCCGCUCACCAGAGAGACGAAUCGAGCUACUCGAGGGAGAAGACGGACGCAGCGCAGUACAAGGAUAAAGAGUCGGUGCAUUACAGGGAUACCAAGGACAAGGAUAAGGAUAAGAGCGAGGGCAAGGAACCUGUGGUGUACAAGGACAAGGAACCGGGCCACUACCGAGAUUCGAACGUGCACUAUAGGGAAAAGGACUCGUCGCAUUAUCGGGACGAUACGCCUUCGUCGCAAUAUAGGUACUACCGCGACGAAGUCGAUCCCCCGGCCCAUUACCGUGAAAAAGACCCCUCUCGGCACUAUCGUGACGAACCCGUGCGGCACCGCGAAAAGGAGCCCGCGAGGCACUAUCGAGAUUAUCCAGAGUACAGGGACCGAGAGCGAGAACGGGAGCCGGGGCAUUACUUUCGAGACGAGAGGGACCGAGAGAGGGAUAGGGAAAGAGAGCGGUACCGAGACCCGAACGAACCGACGCAUUACAAGGACGGGUCGUACUAUCGCGAGAGGGAGAUGGCGCCGUACCGGGAAAAAGAGUAUUAUCGCGAGAGGGAGAGGGAGAGGGACUCGAGCACCUACGAACGCGAUUCGGCCAUUCGUGAACGAGAACGAGAGCGGGAUUCGAUGCCCCGCGAACGUGAACGUGAACGCGACCUGAUCUCACACACCCAUACCCGCGAACGUGUCAUCUCAAAUUCCUCGUCCAAAGGUCUUUCCCUCCCUCCGCUCGGAGAGCCCAGGGAGAUCCCGACCCCCACGUCCUCGGUCAGGGAAUCGUCCAUUCGGGACGCGCCGAUCGCCAGCUCAUUGCGCGAGUCUUCGCAUCGAGAGUCGUUGCCUCCGUCCCACCGGGAAUCCCAUCCUACCUCGUCGUACCGCGAGUCGGCUGCUCCGUCGUUGAGAGAAUCCGCCGCUCCGUCGUUGCGCGAAUCAGCCACGUCGUCUAGACGCGGAACGACCCCUCCUCGCAGGAUCAACGAAAUCGACGAAGACUACGAUGCGCCUCCUCGGUCUCCUCCGAGGGCAGCCAGGGACAUACGAGAUGCUCCGAGGUCCCCACCAAGGACGAGGGAAGAGUACGAGGCUCCUCGAGUGGUCAUUCGUGACGAAUACGAUGUUCCCUCACGGAUGCGAGAUGCCGCCCGAGAGCCGAUUCCGACCUCUAGCAUGCGCGACGUGUCCAACUCGGACGACAACGCCCCUCGCCAAAUCAGACGGUACGCCUCGCGCGAAGAGUCGUUUAGAGACGUCCCCGCCCUGUCAAUGCGGGACGCCCCCACGUCCUCUCUCCGCGAUACCCCGCUGCGCGACGCGCCUACUUCUUCCCUGCGAAACACGCCGACCUCGUCCGUCCGUGAUGCACCCACUUCUUCCCUCCGCGACGCCCCAUAUCCACUGACGACAUCCUCGCUCCGUACCUCUUCGAUGCGCGACGAACCCACGUCUGCUACGAGCGACAAGAGCCGGCGGUACCGCGAGAGCGAAUAUCGCGAGUCGGACGUCCGGUACCGUGACGAACUCGACGUUCGCUACCGGGAAGAAUCCGACGUUCGUUACCGGGACGAACUGGAUGGGCGGUUCCGGGACGAAAAGGCGCGAGACGUUCGUUAUCGAGAGGACCCGGGCGUUCGUUACCGAGAGCGCGAAUCGGAAAUUCGGUAUCGCGAGGAUCCUGAUGUCCGGUACCGUGAACGCGAGCGCGAGUCCGAAGUGCGCUACCGGGAGCGCGAAGCAGAUGUUCGGUACCGCGAUGAUCCACCGGCCCGAUACCGGGACGUCUACCGAGAACGGGAAGACGCCCGCUACGAUCGCUACCGGGAGCGCGAGGACAGGUAUCGAGAGCGCGAAGACGCUCCGGUCCGAUACAGGGAAGACGAAGCUCCGGUCCGGUACAGGGAACCUCCGAGGUACCGAGACUACGAGGCCGACCCGCGAAGAGAGGCGUACGAAGUCGAUCCUCGGAGGGAGGCAUAUGACGUUGAUCCUCGGCGCGAUCGGGACGCAUACUAUCGUGACGACCCUCGCUCUUCCUAUCGCAUGGAGCCCAACGGUCAACUCACAAUCGAGACAAAAGGCAAAGGGCGCGCCGAGAGGGCUGGAUACGAACAAGCUGCCAAGGACGUCGAGAUGGAACUGAUGGGCGAGUAA